ACGCUCUGCACAAGUGGAUGUCGGUACCGGAUCCAACCUGGAGGAGGAAGAAGAGCGCCUUUUACGCGUUUCGUGGAAGAAGACGCCACGAUUUGUAGAGUCAGUCAUGACUGUUUUGCGCGGAUAACUUAUAACGAUUAAAAAAAAAGUUUGACCGGGGAACAUGUCCAAAAGCUUCCAAAACGAGAGCUUUUCCGCGGACGUGGAGCAGCAGAGCGACGCCUCAAAGGUGCAGAUCCGCCUGCUGCUCUUCAGCUUGUGCGUAACCAUCGCCGCCGCCACGGUGGUCGGAGGCGUGUAUUCGCUUCUGUCUCUGCUCCGGAUGAGGAGGAAGACGUCCCUCUGCCUCAUCGUGGCUUCCAUGUCAGUGGACGACCUGCUCAGCGUGGUCCCGCUCUCCCUCUUCAUGCUGCUCCAGUGGGAGAGGGACGGAGGCGCCGGCGGUCUGUGCACUCUGUCCGGGCUGCUCUACGUCUUCCAGGGGGUUUCCAGCAACAUGAAGGCGUGUUUGAUCGCCGCUUACACUUUUUGCGUGACCAAGAGGUUCGGCGCGCUCCAGCCUCUCAGGGUGAUGUGGGCCAUCGCCGCGGUGUGGGCGGUGAGCCUGGCGGUCAGCGUGCUCCCCGUGUGCGGCUGGGGCAGCUUUACGCCCGCGUCUCUGGGCUGCUUUCCAGAGAGCGACAGCUUCUACAUCCUCCUGCUCUUCCUCCUCUACUCGGUGUGUUUGUGCGGCUUGCUCUUCUUCUUCAUCCCACUCACCUACCAGCUGUUGUGCUCCAGAGAGCCAGAUGGGACUUUCAUGUAUCUGGAGAGAGGGCUGAGUGGCGACAUCCAGACCUUCUCCAGGGACAGUCUGACCAGAGGAUUCUGCGCCUAUAACGAGCUGAGUCCAAGUUCCUGCGGGGCCAAGUCAGAGUUCAGGGCGGUAGAAGACAACAGCGUGUCUCCAAGUAUCCCGGGAGCUCUUGGGGACACCCCGUCGGGCUUCGCUCAGAAGCGCUUCUCCAUGAUCCUGGCGGUGGUCAGAGUGACGCUGUGGAUGCCGCUCAUGACGCUGGUGCUGGUUCGACAUGCGAUGAACGCACGCAGCUCCUCCCUGGAAACGCUCAGCUUCUUCCUGACCCUGCUUGCCCCGGCGGUCACUCCUCUCUUCGUGCUGUCCAAGCGCUGGAUCCACCUGCCAUGUGGCUGCUUCAUUAACUGCAAGCGUGAUCCAAUGCAGAACUCUUCAGCAAUAAGAAGAAAAUUUCAGUUCAACCCCUCCUUUCAACAAGGCUGUGGGGUGUAUAAAUUAUCUCACGCAAGCAUCUCCCACUACAAUCCCUCGUCGGAGAACUAUCACAGCCUCUUUGACUGUGACUUCUCCAGCACGCGCCUCGAUGCUCUGGAGAGAGGCGGCCUGCCGAGCUUGGGGCCCAAUUUUGACUUCAGCACCCCGUGUGGUGUGGACAGCUCCCUCCCGCUCACGGACGCGGCAGCAGGUGGAAGAGAGCCGCUGGCCGAGCGUCCCCCUCUCUCGCACAAAGACAGUGAGGGUUUCAGCUGUGCCACUCCUCUGGCUUCUCAUCACCAGGAUCAGGAUCACACCGACACAUCGUCGGUGUUCGACGGGUCGGAGAGGAGGCUGUCGCAUGAAGAGUGCCGGAAAAUCGAGCUGACAGACUGGGAGUGGUGCAGAAGCAAAUCAGAGAGAACACCCCGACAGCGGUCGUCCGGUGGUCUGUCCAUCCCUCUGUGUGCUUUCCAAGGAACCGUUUCCCUGCAAGCUCCCACAGGGAAGACCCUAUCACUCUCCACGUACGAAGUCAGCAGCGAUGGACUGAAAAUAUCCCCAAGCAAUGCAAAAAAGGUGGAAGUGUACCGUUCCAAAUCAGUCGGACAUGAGCCCAGCGCGGACGACUCGGCUUCCAGAGGCCAAACACGAGACGUAAAUGUCGGAAUAGGAGCUGAGAUCGGAAUGGGCUCAGGCGUUGGCGACACCAACGUCAAAAUCCACCUGGAGGUUUUAGAGAUCUGCGACAACGAAGAGGCCAUGGACAGCGUAUCCAUCAUCUCCAACAUCAGCCAGUCCUCCACUCACGCCCGCUCGCCGUCAUUGCGUUACUCACGAAAGGAGAACCGAUUUGUUUCCUGCGACCUCGGCGAGACGGCGUCGUACUCUCUUCUGAUCCCAACCGGUGGGAACCCUGAAGCUGAGAUUAUCAACAUUACCAUCCCUGACACUGUGGAAGCGCAUCGGCAGAACAGCCGCAGACAGACGGAGGGCAGCUCCGGAUACAGGGAAGAGAUCCAGCUGCUGAACGAGGCCUACAGGAAGCAAGUGGAGGACACAGAAGACUAACAUCCAACUCCUGCACAGCUUUGAGGGAUGAUGUCAAGUUUAGGACGUCAUGUAGGCUUCUAGUACUUUGUUGCCAAUUGCUAUCAAGUCGUUUCUCUGUUGACAAACAUGUGCACAGAUAGAUCGCGAGUGGUGCUCAAGCUUUAGAAAAAUUCCCUUUUAUUUGGUGCCCAAUUUUUUUCUUAAUUUUGAAGGUGCAAGAAAAAAAAUUGGCAAUGUGGUCCAAAUUUCUUUUUGGUAUCUGACGUAGCACUUAUUUUCUGUGAUUCAGUGGCAGCCAGUCAUGUGACCGGAAGUCAUAGAAAUGAAUGGGGAGAUGUCUUAAAUAUAAAUCCAAAUGAACCAAUUCAACAACAGCAAAAAGAAGAUUUUUAUUCAUAAUUUUUGCUACAGGUGUCUUGAGCACCAGCCACACAAAAUGUCUGUGCACGUGUCUGUCUAUCAACAUCAAAAUCAGUUCAGAGUUCAGUUUUCCUGUGUAUCUUUUGUCCACUCUUCAGUUCAAAUGUCGCUCUUUCCAAAAUAGAGAUCGACACAACUGAGUUGGAAGAAUGCGUCGGAAUGUGUGAAGUGCUCCCUGCAGCACAUCCUAUCUUCCUUCAGUUCUUCCCCAAACUGCUCUCUGGGCGAACAAAUACUGAUGCAGAGUUGUGGUUUUCUCAACGUUUUGGCUUUGUAUUGCAUUGACGUGAGGCCUUGACCACUGCCAUGAAGCGACUUUGCUUAUGUGAGGUCCAGAAGCUUUCUCAAUUCAGUACCUCACUACUUUAACAGACUGGACGUGUUUUGCUUAUAAAGAAAAUGUAUUUUAAUUCUUCAAACAUUCGUAAAAGUUGUGUGAUCAUGAAAAAUAGGUUCAUAUGAAGAAGAAAGAUGCAGUAGUGGAGAUAUGGUGCCAAAGGUGCGAGAAGGCUGUGAGACAGAGUUGCAGCAGAUCUGUUGCCGUGCCAAGACUCAGUGCCAUAUGGUUCUGUGUCAUGAACAGAGGUUUGUAGUGCUGCUAGAUGUGAGAAAAGUUGAUCACAUUUGAUCUGGCUUCGGAACAGAUGACUCAGAGUUACAGGGAGCCACCACCUGAACGGUGACUCAUCACUUGUUUUCAGCAUUAUCCAGGUUUAAAGAGUCCAGAGCUGCUUGUUUUUCCACGUAGUUUUAUUCGGUAAAAUACAGAUUUCCUCCGGUAUUUUUGCAGUAAAAUGAUAGCUUGAUGUCCACAGUGUGUCGGCCUUUAAAGUUAGAUCGACAAUAGCUCAGUAUUUUUGGAGAAUUACUCCAGUUAGAGCAAGCUAUUUUACUAUACUAUAGUAUAGUGUGUCCAUAUCCACGUGUGCUGCUUUCCACUUGCAUUAUUCAUGUGUUCUAUGGCUGCAUAAUACAUCCAGUGCUCAUGAUAGUCAUUUAUUAUCUUCAGCAAUGCUCACAUUCCGCUAGCCAUGAAACAAAAGAUGUAUUCAUAUUACAAAUAUAUCCUCUUCAUUGCCAAGAUUUUACAUGCAAAAUUUAUUUUGUGAGGACGUUCUGUUUCAUUAAAAUUUCGUUCAUAGGAACAAACUUCCAUAAUGAUUUAAUUCCUUACUAUUUCAGUGUUGCUUGCUUCCAAAAUGCUUUUAACUUUCCAUCACUGGAAUGUGCUCAUGUGCUACGCUAACAGUUCUACCUGAUGCUGUCAGUUAUUGCCUUAAGCAUCUGUGUUGUUGCAUGUCAAGAAAAAAAAUUUUUUUUGACUCAUCUUUUAAAUUCCCUCCCAUCUUCCUCCCAUCACUUUCCAAAUUAUCUUUUGGUGUACUUUUUAAUUAAAACUCAAUGAAAAUUUGAGCUAACUACGUUUGUUUAAAGCACUUGAGGGCCAUAAAGAACGGCUUGUCGUGACCCCGGUUUCAGUUUGACCUGUGUGGAUCAACAGUCCAUCAGUUGAUCAAUACUGCCUCUCUUGAUCAGGAGUGAAUUGCAGUGUCGCUAUUGAAUUAUUAAACUGAAAGUCACUUAAUAUAGCUGAUAACUGAAGGAAGAAAAGCCAAAAACAUUCACAUUUUCUUUUACUGUCAUACGUGAUUUUUCUGACUCAAAAGUGUAUUUAUCUAAAAUUCAUUAAAUUAUUUUCUAUGAUUCAGUCGCAGCCGGUCAUUUGACCAGAAGUCAUAGAAAUGAAUGGCGACAUACUUGAUUUUUCAUUCUAAUAUACACUGACCCAACAUACAUACAUUGUUUUUUUCCAUUUUGAGGACCAGUGGAUGAGCCUCUUCAUGCUCAGGCUUUGCUUGUGUUGAAGUGGAUGUAUUUCUACAAAGCCACUGACCUUAUCAUAGUAAUGUAUUUUGUAUCCCUGCUGUAUUUCAUCCAUGCAAACAAACAGAUACUAGCUGUUGCUGUGAAACACACAAUUGUAUUCUCAUUUUAUGAUCAUUCUACUGCAGUUAUUUAAUAAUGUGUUAUGUAUCUAGUAAUUUCACGACAAGAUGAGUUGUCACUUUCUAUUAUGUGUGUGUAUCUUACCACAGUGUUUUUUGUCUGGAUGAUCAUUUGUGCAGUUUUGCAAAGACUUUACUUCCAGGCUGUUGAAUCAUCCGCGGUCAAGACCGUUUCAUCAUCCCCAACGCCACAUUCAUGUGAAGGAUGUUGUCCUGAGACACUCAGAGAUGGUAAGCUGCCUCUGAAAGAAGCGCCUGCUGCUGUGUAUGAGAGGACUAUCGGAAACAUAAUGAAUGUACGGUGAUGGUGCUCACUGUCCUGCUGUUAAAUCGAACAGUUUCAUCUGUUAAUGGAGCCAAAGGUUUUUAUCUGCGCGUGGCUUUGACUCCGCAGUCAAGCCGCGUGGAAGUAAUGCAGCCAUCUGCUUGUUCUCUUUCACACAGCGAUCAGCUCUGACAUG